CUCAAGAUGAUGUGUGGAGAACGAAAAACUUGAGAAUAAACAUAGUUAGAGUUGCAAAUUUGUGGCAAGGGAGGCCUCGCUGACAGGUUUGUUACUGCAGAUAAAGUCAAGGCAAUGAAUACAUUCGAACCGCCGUGGUCUAUUUCGCGUCUAGGAUGCUCUUCCUUGUCCUCGUGGGGAUAAGACAAAGGUCGUAGCUCAGGUAGGUUGUUUGUUACGGAGGGGGGGGCAAGAAACAUACAACAAGAGCCGAAACACACGAGUCAUAUCCGAUUGCCUGGCCUUGAAUAAAUGGUGUGCCCACCACUCUCGAUGGGGACAUUUUGACUUACUACAUCAUGAUCAAUAUGAACUUCAUCUUCAACAUCCAACAACGGCCACUGACUUGGUGUAGAUGUUACUCACCAGAAGUUAUUUGUUGACUUGUCGUGAACGUGAGUUUUUGUUAUUGAUCGAGUUUUCUUCGUUCUUGUAAAACUCAACAAUCUCAAAAGCGCACCAAGAUGCCAGAAGUGAAGCGUCGCUUUAGUCUUCGCGAGACCCAGGCAGAGAGCCUGAAGGCGGGUGCAGGCGCUAUCAAGAACUCGAAGGGUGGCCGAGCAAACUAUAACUUUAAAAGAAAUGACUCGAGGAUGAUGAGUGAGGUAUUCUUUUUCUCCUUUUUUGGUUCUAUCGUGAUACUUGAUGUUUAUUGGUAUGACUAUGAGCUGGCAGUAACUCAAAAAAUAUAACUUGACUACAGCUUCUACCUCCCCUUAGUUCUUCCGUUUCGGUUAGAAGUCUUUCCCUAAGCAGGGGUUAGUUCGUCUAUACAGUUACUCACCGUCUAACUCUUUCACAUAAUAUAACUUGACUUUACAUCUAUUUCUGUGGUAGAUUUCUACAUAAAGUAGAUAAACGCAGCAUCAAUUUCCUAUUCCUUCCACCAGAUCCGUCGCGAAAUUAGGCGAAGUUUUAGUGCAAAUAAUCUAGCGGAAGUCGGCAAGAAGAAGAAGGAGAACCCAAAACAAAAAGCUGACUUAGACAAGAUGCUAAGGCGAGGUAAAACGGUUUCUUUUGCACCGGGAUCACCAGAAAAAGUGGCAGAGGAGGUUUCGAAGAAGGGUUUGCGAAACGGGAAGAGCUUCUAUUUAUGGCGAAAUUUGAUCAUCUCAAUUUUAUGUUUGAACUUGUUACGCAUUAGGCCCUUACAGAACUACAGCCAUAAAUUCAAGUUCGGUUUGACUUUCAUUUUCUUUACUCCAGUCCCUCCCAUUGUUUUUUUCCUUACCUUGCUUCAGUCUGUCAUGGUCCACCAAACAAAUCUAAUCCUUUCCCUUAAUAAUUUUUUCAGCAAGAAGAACAAAAUCACACCAACUGAGACCCACGAUGAAGGAUCAGAGGGUGUCGAUAGCAGAACAAGAAGGGAGCAAUUGAAACGACAGGGUUCUUCGGGAAGCGUUGGUAGCAAGGGAAGCGUUGGUAGCAAGGGGAGCAAUACUAGCAGUGACAGUCGCAAGAAGAAGCAUAGGCACUAUGAACAGAACGUCCUCUGGGUGUCUUCAUAUUUUAGAAGAAACGUGAGUGAACUAUAGAGUUAGAGAGGCGAAGUGAACGAAGAAGCCCCGUGCUGGGUAUAUCAUCGUCAUUAUAUGAGAAGAGCUUCAACUAUUUCCUCAUCCUCGGAGCAGAGUCUCGUCUAACUGCUACUUGGUAGUGGUAACCCCGUACAUAUCCUCAUCUUCAUGGUCUUUAUUUCACCCCCUCGUCACCUUUCAUACAGACAACGACGCCGCCUGGGAUAUGCAGAUGAAGAAGCGCAUUGUUGGUGCCGGUGGUCGCGGACAGCCCUAUAGGCGGAGCUUUUCUUGGGCAGGACGAAAUUCAGAGAAUGAGCCAGCAGAGGAAGAAGACAGCACUUCUAUAGUCGAGCACAGCGUUGAUACUACGUCAUACACUGCGGGAUCAACGUAUUACUCGUACUUCUUGUUCGUGUUUGAUGAACUGCAAAUAUCUACGUCGAUUGUAGUAGAACAAAGGCGCCUUCAUCUCUGAACCUUUUUCUACAAGAAUUUCUUACAAAUGACAAAAAAAUGAUCAGAGUUGCCUCAACUCGGAGUGGCGCAGCAGCAGCUAGCUUCCGAAGCGAUUCGGAUAUUAGCCGAGAUGAAUUCUCGAUGUCCGAGACUAGACCGAUGAGCGGGGGAAGGGAAUCUCCGUCUCCUGUUGUGCUUGGUACUUCUUCCAUCUGCUACUACGUUAUACAUAGAAGCAUUGUAAAAAAGUCUCCUGUUGUACUACUUUAUUAUAGAAGCAUUUAGAUUUUUUUACUACAUCAUCAUUGAAGGAUAUAUAAGGAAAUGAAGGAGAAGUUAAACUGUUCAUAAUUUACAAGACAACGUUAACGUUUGUACAUUUUGCCUGUUGUAAGAAUUCGAAUUGAAAGAAAAGUCAGCCGUUAAAAGUCCGCCCCCCCCUUUUUCUGACCUUUACUCUUUAUCCCUCUAGCACAUCAACCUGAGACGAAGCAGCGAGGCGAACAACGCGGUUUCACAGAGCGGGGAUUCAAAGAAACGAACACGCCAUCUACUAAAAACAAUAAGCGCUCGCUAUCCGGCGUUUGCUCGAUAAUGUAGUUGUUAUCAGUCACCAGCAUUAUUAAAUGUCGAAGCGAACAAGAACAACGCUUCAUCCCCUUCCAGCACCUUGAGGCUUGCUUUCACAAGGAUGCCGCUAAGCGGUGGCACCUCAGCGAUUUCCUACAGAAAACGCCUUAUCAUUAUAGAUACUGUAGAAACAAGUCUCCAUAUCAAUCGUGUACGUAUUCCUUAUAUAUAAGGAAAAUCGAUAGAUGCUGAUCGUGAUGGUGCGAAGGUGCACUACGGUGCAAUGUCGUCCAAUUUUUUCGACUGAGAUUGGGAGACAACAUGUAGAAUUGAUUUUUCUACUACGUAGAUGCACUAGUGCAACCACAACUGACCAACACCUAACGAGGAGAACUCCUAACUAUUAGAAAAAGAUUCCCUUAUUUCCGUUUCCCGUAGGGCUAGAGGUAGAGGACGUAGAGCUAGAGGUAUUGACCAAAAAAUAUAGUGACUAUAACUACGACAUAACUGUGACGAAUAACAAGUCGUUGACAACUUUUUCGACGUGGCCACUGUCGACAGACCUUUAUAACUACGGCCUCUGCUGAAGGUGACGAUUGCACUACAACAGGCUUGGCCCGUCUUAUUUCCAACUACCGCCACUUAUUUCAGCCUUCAACUCCAAGGACCUUAUUUCAUUUGACCUGGUUUACCUUCCACUCCUCAAAGUUACAUACUUGCCUAGUGUAUCCAUAUAACGCCCACGUUGACGACCUUUACACCUAAUAAGACCUCCUCUAUAUUACCUAAAAAGGAGACCUCCCCUGACGGAACCGGCCGAUCGUGUAGGUAAUCGUGCUUCUGUGCUUUGUGGCGAAGGCGGAGCUGCACAAAAGACCCAAUUUUUGACCACUUGAUCAAACUAGAACUUUUUGAAGAUGUUGAUAUUAUAAAAAUG